CACAGUCCCGGCAGCCCCUAGCUUAGGUAUAUUCAACUUAACCCAGAACGAGACUUAUAACGACAUUCCCACCCUGCAGGGUUCUGUCGUCUGUCGCCAGAGCGACUCGAUCCUCCUUAAUGUGUCUUGGGGAAACGGUAAUACAUACCAUCUUCAGGCGCUGCAAACCAAGCAGCACUUCGGAGUCGUCUACCACUAUGUACGGCAUUAUAUACGAAAGGGCGGCGACUGAACCAGAAAUGAAUGGUUCCUUACCGGAUGUGGCGACGGCCGGUGGACAGUUUAACCAGACCCUGAAUGCUUGGCGUUUGGGGCUCGUCUGUCACUUGACAGCAAAUCUUGCAACUCAAGUUUGCAUACUAAAAGGGUCGCAGUUUGAUUGCAGUAACUCAAUCCAGGAGCCGCGGCUCGUCACGAAUAGGCCAAGCGUUCUUCGAGGCAAAAAUGAAGGGCUUAAUUAUGUAACAUCGAUGUCGAUUUCUGAGCAAGUCGAUAGCACCGCGCAACUCUUCUCUCAUAUUUACGACGGUUGGCUACUCAUGCCAACCAUGGUGGUGAUGAACACGUCUGCAGCGCAUCCACUGAAUGUCACUCGAUUGUUCAUCACGUUCAUUGAGGGAGCUGGAAAGACUAUGCUGGGCUAUGGGUAUUACGGAACAAAAGGCGUGAGUGUCACUAACUAUGAGACAAGCUUAAGAUGUUUUGUGUUGAUAUUGCGCUGACGCUAGGGCUUUCUUGCGGGCUUCUGUUAGUCUGUUUAGUGACUAUGGCUGCUGCCCUUGUGAUAUGCUGGGAAACGAAUGGUGUAUUGCGUGGCGAGGAUGUUUUGAUAAGCAUGGCUGCUUGUGGAGACGAUUUGAAGAGAGAGAUGAAGGCUUGCUCCACCACAGGAGAUGCAGAUGACUUGAGGCAU